UUGCUAAUUCAAGAUGGCGGCGACCGUGUCCGUUACUGCGCCGGGGAGCGAGCCGAGAGAGAACGGGGAAAAUGAGGGCAGUAACCGGGAGGAGGAGGAGGAAGCGGAGGAGGGAGGAGCGGGCUCGUUCCUGGAGGAUGAGCAGUGGGAGGCCGCCGGGCUGGAGCCCCCCGAUGGGGAGUCGGAGGCGGCCCCGCGGCGGCGAACUCCCGAGGAGACGCUGCCGAAGCUGGAGGCCGCCGAGAAGGAGCAGCGUCUGCAGCGGAGCUGCCGCGAGUUCCGCAACCGCCGUAAAAUCAUCAUCCGGAACCUGCCGUCCGAUAUCAUCACCCAGGAGGUCUAUGAACUGCUCAGCGAGUAUGAUUUAAAAUACUGUUUUGUGGACAAAUACAAAGGAACAGCUUUUGUCACUUUAUUGAACAGGGAUCAAGCGAAUGAUGCCAUUGAGAAGUUUCAUCAAUCAACUUUGCGGGACCGAGAGAUUUCAGUCCAGCUGCAGCCCACCGAUGCUCUGCUCUGCAUUGCAAACCUGCCUCUCUCCUUCACUCAACAGCAGUUUGAGGAGCUGGUGCGGCCGUUUGGGAACCUGGAACGAUGUUUCCUUGUGUACAGUGAGAUUUCUGGUCACUCAAAAGGAUAUGGUUUUGUGGAAUACAUGAAAAAAGACUCUGCUGCCCGUGCUAAAUCAGAGCUCCUUGGAAAACAGCUGGGCACACGAACCCUGUAUGUUCACUGGACUGACGUAAAUCAGCUGACUCUUGACCUCAUUCAUUCCAAGUGCCUGUGUGUGGAUAAACUGCCACAUGAUUAUAAAGACCUGCCAGCGCUCAGCCAAGCCUUUAGCGACAUCUAUGAGCCAACAUUUUGUCAGCUGGCUCAGGGACCUGAUGGCCAAUUCCGAGGCUUUGCAGUUGUGGAAUAUGAAGCUGCGGAACAAGCUGAGCAAGUACAGAAGGAGACCGAUGGCCUCUGGGUUGAUGGGAACCACAUUCGGGUCUCAUUCUGUGCACCUGGGCCCCCAGGGCGGAGUAUGCUUCCGGCACUGAUCGCUGCUCAGGCUAUGGCUAUGAACCGUGGGAAGGGUCUUCUCCCAGAACCGAAUCCUAUGCAGAUUCUGAACAGCCUCAAUAAUCCAGCGACAUUGCAGCUUCUCCUAAACCCAUUAAUACAUGGAGGCACUGGCCCUCAGCAAGGAAUUCUGGGAGCUGCCCCUUCAAUGCCUCUGCUGGGGAACCCUGGAUUAAGUGCAGCCCUCUUACAGUUGGUUUUACAGGGACAAAACCCAGCACAAACUCAGAAACCUGGCAUUCUGGGUGAAUCUCCUCUUGCAGCUUUGCACCCAAACCCAGUUGGACUCGGAGCCCCCCCACAGCGGGGAAAGGGACUUCUUGGGGAAUCCCCCACAGGACUGAAUUCUGAGAGAGCACAAGCACGGAUGAAGCUGCCUAUGGUGCCAAUGGGGACAAUGCAAUCACAGCAGUAUCUUGGACAAAUGCCAGCAGACAUGCAGGGAAUGCUGGAGAAUCCAUCCCAUUCCCGACAAGUUGCCUCUCCUCCAGUCACUCCAGCUCCUUUGCAAGGAAUCCCUACGUCCAUCCUGGGCUCUGUGCUCAGUGACCUGAAGAAACAGAGGAAACAAAACAUGGUGCAGUUGGAGACUGGCUCAGCCACGUCAGGGCCAUCUCUCUUAGGGGAACCACCAAAAGAUUUCAGAGUGCCUCAGAAUCCAUAUCUCAAUCUGCGAAGUGUCUUCCCUAGUAACGUUUCAGGCAAUACUAACAACUCCAUGUCCUAUGGCCAUGGUACUGGUCUCCUGGGAAACUACCCCAGCUCUGGCUCCAGAGGUCACCUGGGAUCCAGCAUCAGUGACUAUCCAGAGUCUGGAAGCAGCCAGCUGAGUUAUGGGAGUUAUGAAAGCUACGAUAAUUACAGCCACUCUUACAGAGACUAUGAGCAGGAAAGUGAAAUGGAGCGCUACCCACUAUCACGUAAUCCUGGGCUUAGAGGAUACAGUCGUGACAGAAACGAGGAAAGGGAGAUGGAGCGAUACUCGAUGUCCCGUGAUCCUGGCUAUGGAGGAAUGGGGGGCUACGGCCAGGAUCAAAGUGAGGAAAGGGAGCUGGACCAGUACCCACUGCUACAUGACCCUGGACUUGGAGGAUACGCAGCUGACAGAGAUGAGCGAUCAAAUCCAGGUGGAUACAAUGAUUUGGAACCUGCUGCACCUUCAAUGUACUCCAGUUCUCCCACUUCCUAUUUCACAAGUGGUGUCCGAGCGGGACUACGACAGAACUACUCCACCAAGAUGAAUCCGAUGCUGAAUUCUGGGGCCGGACUCCUGGGAGCUCGACCUGCGAACUCCCCACCAGGCUGUAUGCUGAAGGCACCACUCGCUGGUCACAAGCGAGGUGCGUCUCACCUGAUCCCAUCGCCUGAGCCCAGCCCAGAGGGAGGCUACAUUGGUCAGCACUCCCAAGGUCUGGGUGGCCACUACGCUGACUCUUACCUCAAGAGGAAGAGGAUAUUUUAACUGGGGACCUGGUGUUGCCAUCGAGAACGACGUGGUUAUUUUUCGCUGAAGGGUGUAUAUCUUGUACAGAUGUUUUUAAUCUCUGUGUCAAAACACUUCAGUCUUUGUUUUUAGGAGGAGGGUGAAACUUCUAUCUGGGAAUUUGGAGGAUGCAGAAGGCUGAGACCUGACAAACUGACUGAAACGUGACCCCGUGGCACCUUUGCAUGUCAGCCACAAAAAUAAUCACCGAAUAUUCGCUUCAAACUCUAGUUGUCAGGGGAGAUGAGUGUAUGAUAAGGUGGAAUUCACCUUAUCCACUUUGUCCCUCCAAUCUCACUGUUACUGACUGCAGUCUGGGACCAGCAAGUGGAUGCUCUACUGAAGCACACUUUCAUCAUAACUCAAUGAAUAUUAGCCUUCAGUCCACUGCAAAUUUAAACAUGUGUGAAGUUAGCUGCAGAUAUUCUCCCAAUAAUAAGCUGCAUUUGUAGAGGACUCGGCACUUCCUCAGAGCCACACUCUGAAGCUGAGCCCUUGUUUUUGUUGUUCCAGCAAAGUGUACACUCAGUCCAUCAACUUUCAAAGCAGGUAUUCUACCUCAAAGGCUGACACCGUGAACUGUUGUUUCUGUCUGGUGAUUCACUUUGCUUUUGUGUCAUGUGCUCCAAACAUGUACUCAAGUGUUGGAUUGAAUGCAGUGAGAUAUUUUCCUUUAGUUUAAUCACACUGCACCGUAUCCCAUACCCUCAACGUUUGAGUUUGAUUGUGCAGCCAACUGGUUUGGUUUUCAGUCCUUCUGCAUACCUCUCAAAUUUGUCGGUUUGUUUUUUAAUUGUACUUCCUUAAUCUUUCCUUUCAUUCUGUGAACAAUUUUUGCCUUUGAUUUAGAAAUGCCAGGUUUUUUUAGAUCUGCAAUUUUUAGUGAAUUAUUUGCAGAAAAUGGGUUAUGUGCUUGCCCCUUUUUUUCCUUUGUUUUGAAACAAAAUUUAAAGUAGUUUGGGUAACUAAUUUUGUUCUUCCUGUUUCAUUUGGCAUGUGUUUGUUUCUACUUUAGUGACAACUUUGUUCUGCAAAAUCUUUACACGUUGAAUUCCUGAUGUCUGUUAACCUGUGGAACCUUUAUACCAGCCAAGUUUCCACUAAGCUUAGAGAGCCUGAACCAACAAGUAGGGGACCCUAAUCCUAAAAUAAACCAAAUGUAGAUGUCAGGAGUGGUAGCAGACAUUGUGGACACUAGCUUCUGUCGCAAUGCUGUUUGCAUUUUAAAGCUGCAGGAAGUUUUGGAAGUCUCUUCCAGUUGCCUCGCAGUCCAUCAACACCUGCACUGCUUGUGCUUUCCCGGUAAAUAUACUUGUUUUGCCUCAAUAUUUGAAGUGGGCGGAGGAAUUUCUCCUUCGCUUUACCACACCUCUGAUGCUUGGUUCCUGUAUUAGAGACUUGAGCUGAAGGAAACUGUUCUCCUGGAGCGUCGGUCUAAUUUGUACAAAUUCAAAGCAACCCCCUGUUUUUUUACACUGAAGAUUAAAGGGGGAAGGAACAGGGACAGGCUGCAGGAAAUAGAUGGUGAACACCAUCUCUGGGCCUCCAUUCUUGUUUCUCUGUUCCCUUUCCAGCCACCAGAUGACAUGCUUGGAAAGCAGGACAUUCUGGGAGAGGUUGGGAUAUGAAAUUAGAGAGAGAAAAAAGGACAGGUCCAUUUUUUUAAAAAAAUGUCCAGUUAAUCUUUACAUUCUCAAACUAUAUCAGAGAAAAAAAAACAACUUGCACUGAGAGGAAAUGGAGGUCUGAAGCAUCAACAGCCUUAGUUUGAGUUCUGUCCAGUCCCACGACAAUCCUCUGUGCUUUGUCUGUACUCUAAUCCUGUUAGAAUGGACUUUGGACAAUUAUGGUGGGCAAGAGGUCUCACAUCUGACCAGGUGGAUAGCAACUAAAACGCAGCCCUCAUUCCAAGGCAUUGUUUUCACCCACUGUGGAGACUGGGGAGUUCAUGUUAAACGUGGCUGCAUUGACAUUGGUGACUCUCUGGGAUUGGCUGUCUGAGAGUGGCCAAAUAUGGGGGAAAUUCCAAACCCAAGCUGAACGGGACCCUGCCUGACCCCCUUCUCCAUGUUUCAGGCUGAGAAACCGAAUAGUAAUGAACAAUUUGAGCCUUAUUCUUUGCCUUCUUGACAAUGGUCAAAUGUAGUCAUGAUCUGCUCAUUCAGAAGACUGGAGAGUGCCUGGGUCUCCCAACCUGUGAUUAACCUGCUUGGUUCCUCUUCAACUAAAAUUGUGAAAGUGACUGGCAUGUGAGCCAGUGUAGCCUCAGUUAGGAAGUGAAAGAGUCGGUCAGCAGUGACCUCUACUGAAGUGGGUCUGUAAGUGACUGGGUUCAACUCCACUUAUUUUUACAGGAACACUGCUAACGCUGAUCAUGGGGUACCUGGAGAUUUCUGUACAUCUAAUGGUUAUUUCCAUGUCUCCUGGCCUGUGUCACUGCAAGCAAGGAAGAGUACAGCACGUGCAGAUGGUCUGAAAUACUUGCUGGCCAUCCACUUACUCUCUCCCACAGUGAGUCCUGUCUUCAGCCAGCACUAUCACAGGAACAGACAUCAGCUAUUCAAUCUGUCCCCCAUGUGCUGGUGCAGGACGGCCUUCAUGUUUCUCAGUUACCCACUUGCACCACUGCAAAGCUCUGUCAUGUGCUCUGGGGGCCAGUCACUCCGGCUCCUCUGUUCUGUAGGUGCCUGAAAUCUCUCCCAGACCAGCUGAUUGGGUGGGAUGAAAGGUGACAGAAAGGUUCUGGGAAGACAGGAGGGUCUUCAUCAUUUGGACACAGUUCAGCUGCAUUACUGAGUAGGAACUGAUCGCAAUUUCAUGUUUGGAGACUCCUGUCUACAUCUCUAUUAAAAUUGGAAAUUGCUCUUAA